AUGCCUGCGCCAGCCUCCAACAAGCGCAACAAGCGCAUCAGCCGGAACCUCAUAAUCGGUUCCGAAGCCUGGCAGUUGCCCCCAGUAGGCCACCCCGACCGCCCCAAGGGCGUGCCAGACGACCACACCAAGCGCUGGACCGUAUACGUGCGAGUACCCGACGGCGAUCCUGAUAUCAGAGCAUGGCUCAACAAAGUCUCAUUCAAGAUUUUCAACACAUACGAAAACCCGCUGCGCAUGGUCGAGAAGCCGCCGUUUGAGGUGACCGAGACAGGAUGGGGAGGCUUCAACAUCGACAUAAGACUGCACUUCCAGCCUAUCUCAGGCGAGAAGGCGCAAUACCGACAACACUUCUUGCAGCUGGAAAAGUAUGGUGACGACAAAAUGCAAGCAGAGCAGGAACGGUCAGGUUGUGUGCGCUCCGAAUUUCUCGAAGUUGUGCAGUUCAACGAGCCCACCGAAGCCCUCUUCGACGCCCUCACAUCUGAAGACCAGUGGAACUACCUCAUACCUGCCGGUAAGGGCGGCUCGAAGAAGGCAUCGCUGGGCGCAAACGGAAGACUUAGGCGCGGCCUGCCCAAUGGCGAGCGGAGCGCUCAACUGCCAGAGAAGGGAGGCGAUGAAGUUCCCUUCAGUCAGGAACAAGAGCAGGCACUACAAGAUUUCUUCAAGCAAAAGAUGGAGGACGUGGAGAAGCAAUUGGACAAAGAGGCCAAGAAGAAGGAAGAGGUAGAAGCUAAGCUUAAAGCAUUACGCAGUGAGCUGGGGCACGAGGCUGCUCAGCAGGCAGCGCAGCAGGCUAGUGGAGACAGGAGCCGGCGCAGGUGA